AUGCUGCGUGGGUCCGUGCCAGUGCGCGCAUGGACGCGUACCGCGUCGAGCGCUGUGCCGCGUGCUGCGGCGCCGGCGAGUGCCCCUGCGCGCGCCGCGCCAAGUGCUGCCGCACCGCCGCGCGCUGCGGCGCCGAAGAACGACGACGCGCCGGCGCCACAGGAAGAGCCGCCGGCGCCCGAGAUCGACUGGCGCAACGGCUUUGAAGGCAUUGGGCUGCGCCCGUUUCCGCAGGAGGCGGCGAGGGUGCUUGUGCAGCCGCUGGAGAAGGACGAUGUCGAAAUCAAGCCCGACGGGCUGCUGUACCUGCCCGAGAUCAAGUACCGCCGCAUUCUCAACCGUGCCUUUGGGCCGGGCGGCUGGGGGCUCGUGCCCCGUGGCGACCUCGAGGUCGGCCAGGGCAUCGUGAGCCGUGACUGGGCGCUGGUGUGCAUGGGGCGCUUCGUGUCGACCGCCAAGGGCGAGCAGGAGUUUUUCCGGCCCAGUGGCGUGUCGACCGCGAGCGAAGGCGCCAAGUCGAAUGCGCUGAUGCGCUGUUGCAAGGACCUCGGCAUUGCGUCUGAGUUGUGGGAUCCCCGGUUCAUCCGGCAAUUCAAGGCGAAGCACUGCGUUGAGGUGUGGGCCGCCGGCACCGACGGCAAGAAGAAGAAGCUGUGGCGGCGCAAGGACGAUGCGCCGCUGGAAUACCCCUACAAGGAGAGCGGCGUCGUUUCCAGAUAG